CAAGAGGCCGAGCGGACGGGUGGGCGGCCGUCCGUCAGGCAUGGCGGGGACGUCCCGGCUCCCACCGGCGACGCUGACCCUGAAGCAGUUCCUGAGAAGGCAAGAGGUUCUUCAGUUGUAUAGAAAAAUUCUGCAGGCAAUUCGCCAAGUACCCAAAGAAGCAGAUCGUCAAUACCUGAGAGACUGGGCAAGGGAAGAAUUCAAAAGAAACAAAGUUGCUGCAGAUGAGGAUACUAUUAGAAUGAUGAUCACUCAAGGUAACCUACAGCUUCAAGAACUGGAGCGAACACUAAAGCUGGCCAGAUCCUAGUCACAGAAUAUACUGGGCCACAGUAUUUUUUUGGUGUCACUUCCCUAGAAGACAUUCUGGUGGGACCUCACAGAAUCCAAGAGUGACCCUCUGCAUCCUUCCUAGGAAUCAGCAAGAAAACCUAGGCAGGCUGCAUAAUGCCACAUUAGGGUAUGAAAACUAAAGUUUAUGUGAAGGUUCAGGUGUGAUGUGAAAAAACACUCAAGGGAAAGGAGCAAGAAGCCAUGUCUAAAGCCAUGCUGAGCUGGGCAUGUCAGAAAUGCAGAACUGAUGUUUACUACCUCAAAAUUGUUAAUUGAACCUGUGAACACCAGAAUAUAACCAAGUAUUGUAAUAACUUAAUUCUACACUAGCUUUUGUUUAUGCUUUGACAAAUUAAAGUACUGGAUCUUUA